UCCCAGUGAGCCGAACAGACGAGAGCCGAAAGCCGAACAGUCAAAAGCCGAAAGCCGAACGAAUUGUAAAAGUUAAAUUCAUAAAUUCGCGCCUCGCCGACAAUGCGACAGAGGCGAGUUCGUGCAGUCAACUUUUGUGCGUAGACGCAGAUCGGAACGUUAUCGGCUGGAACUCUUCCCCUGGAUUAACUGUGAACACAGAAAGUUUUUGGUGAAGUUCGUUUAUCUGUGCCGGAUUGAGUGAAGUGUGAACGGAGCCAGAAAUCAAAAUACUAAAAUAACAAAAAAUAAAGAAAGAAAGAAGAAGAGAAUAAAUAAAUAACUACAAAGCAGAGUAAUUACGCUUCUUUUGUGGAAAAGUGCUGAAUAUGUAGGCUGAAAAUUGGGACAUUGAACGGCAACGAAAUCAACUUCAAUAAUUAAUUACUCGGCAAUAAUUUGUGUGAUUUUGUGGGAAAUCACAAGAAUAAUAAACAAGCAACAGUCAAGACGAAGACGAAGACGAAGACGUGUGACACAGUUUAAGAACGUUGCCAGAAUAUAUUCCCCAAUCUACAUUAUCAUAUUACUUUCGAGUGUCGAGCAGUUAAGAGAGAACUACGAAAAUGGUGUCGGGAACAGUCCGAAAGAAUCAAUUGCUGCUGCUGCUGGCUGUGCUACUGAUCGCCCGAUCUGCCCUGGGCUACCCCUCAAAUGCGGACAGCGACGAUAUGAUGCUGAAUGACGAUUACGAUUACGACACGGACGAGCUGAGUGCGCCCAGUCCACAGACGAAGCCCACAGGUGUUGUCAAGACCGGCGUAACAGGAUACCGCAACAGGACUCUGACCCAGCGGGGCAUACUGGGCGAGGAUGUUGUGUUGAAGUGUGAUGAGAACAUCACAAAAGAGAACGUCAUACUCUGGUACCAGGACUCCAAGAUCAUCACCAGCGGCAGCAGUGUGGUGCUGCCCAACUUCAGUCUGAAUCCGCGGAACUACGAUCUGACCAUACUGAAGGCGAGUCCGCAAAAUGCCGACACCUACUACUGCCAGAUCCUGCCCCAGAACAUAUUUGUGGCCACCAAGGUCGUGCUGGGCGAUCAUUCGCUGGACGUCAUUACGCCGGAGAGCUCCAAGUCCGGCCAGAGCAGUGCGCACCGGCUUGCGCUCUUAUGGCUGCUGUCCGUAGGACUCGCUCUGGGCCAUCAGCUCAAGCAUUAGUUAGGUUUAGUAUUAAGCUGCGCUUUUUCUAUUAACUAUAAAAUCAAAGAACAACAAAAGUGUCCAAGGAUAAGCUGAAAUUGCAUUUCUGUCUCCCAUCUGUCUCCAAUAUGAAUAAGUAAUUGUUAAUCGUGCAUUUUGCUUCUCUGUAAAGACAAACGAUUUAUUUAUUAAAAACCAAAGUAUACAGAAAUU